AUGGUAAAGGUUAGUGGCAAAACAGUGUACAAACAUGUCAAUAAUCUGAGGAAAUUACCAUUCCCUGAGCAGAAUAGUCAAUUACAAAUUCCAUAUGACACUGUUCUGCCGCUGGCUGCCACUGUAGGCGCAAAAAUGGUGAUGGCUUCGCCUGCAGUGACACAUCCAGUUUCAAGUGGAUCUUUUAAUUUGAGUAAAUCUGGUACUGAGGCGGAAAAUAAUGAUGAAUUAGAUAAAGCAAUGGCCAUGCCUACUUCUUUGGGUACACCCAAGAGUAUUACUGGCUCUCCUGAUUCUAAUAUUUCAGAAAACUCUGGAUGUGGCUUGAGGCGAAGUGAACGCAUUCGAAAACCGCCACCUAAAUUAAAUCUUUAA